UUUCGAAUAAAGUGGCCACCCGAGCAGAGAAACCGCGUCCGCGCGCCCUCUGCUGGCCGUUGCGCACAGUUUCCGCGCGCAGGCUCACUGCCGCUCCUGCCCAUAGCCGUUCCCUCCGCUCCACUUCACACCCCUCCGCCGCGGACUGAUCGAUACCCAGCCCGGACUACCCGAGUCAAACCCCUCUCUAUGAGUUACUCCGAGCGCGUGGCCUCGUGGUUGUGGUCCCUGUGCGCGCGCGUGCUCGAAGCAUGCUGGAAAAGGCUGGAGAUGAUCUCGGUGUGGCUGCUGUUCCUGAAGCUGCUGAGAGCCACAGCUGGUGUCACAAGGCCAAAUGGGAAUGAAAUAACCGAAGCCAGGAGAGACUCUUUAAAUCAGCAACAAAAAGAGCAAGAAUUCCUCUCCAAGGCUGUCACCAUGGAGACCAGCCAGCUUUCAGAAAUGGCUGAUGUAAAAGACUAUAAAAUGGAUCUGGGGGACACAGAGGAGGAAAAACGCCAGCGGAGUGAGGAGGAUGAAAGAGACUGCUUCAAUGCAUUUUUCUCCGAAAGCCUGGAUACUGAAAAGAGCAACUCCCCAACUGUGAUCGAGGACAAAAGCAAUGACGUAGCCAAUGAUAGUGCGAGUUCCGAGGAAGCCGUCAAAAGCACACCCUUGCAGGACGAGAUCACGGAAAUGGUGAAUGAUAUAAAUGAGUCAACACAUCUUAGAGAGUCCACAUCGUCUCCAGAGCCAGAUGCAGAACACCAAACCCAAAACCAGCCUGUGCAAGGUGAAGAAGACGACAAUGACAAGAAUCCACCUGCACUGAAUGGCAAUGGGACAGAGCACCAGGAAGUAUUGGAAAGUUCAGAGUCAGUUCAAACACCUUUGAAUGUCAGUGGGGAAGAGAACCAAAACCUACAGGACGGUCUGCAAGUAGCGCAAGAAGACAACUUAUCAGCUUUGGGUGCCAAUGGGGAAGAGCACAAAGAUCUGCAAGACGGUCUGCAAGUUGCGCAAGAAGACAACAAUUUACCUGCUUUGGGUGCCAAUUGGGAAGAGCACCAGGAUCUGCAGGAUGGUCUGCAAAUAGUGGAAGAAGACAACUCACCUGCUUUGGGUGCCAAUGGGAAAGAGCUCCAAGAUCUGCAGGAUGGUCUGCAAAUAGCGAAAGAAGACAACUCACCUGCUUUGGAUGACAAUGGGAAAGAGCACCAAGAUCUUCAGGAAGGUCUAAAAAUUGAGCAAGAAGACAAUGACCCAUCAACCCAUUGUGAUGACAAUAUGGAAGAUCACCAUGACCUGCAAGAAGGUCUGAAAAUAGAACAAGAAGAUAAUGACCCAUCAACCCAUUUAAAUGACAACAAGGAAGAACACCAAGACCUGCUGGAGGGUCUGAAAGUAGAACAAGAGGAAAAGGAAGCAUCUGCUUUGGAUGCCGACAGGGAAGAACACCAAGACCUGCAAGAAGGUCUGAAAAUUGAGCAAGAAGAGAACUAUCCAUUCACAGCUGAGGCCACUGAGACAGAUCACAAAGAUCCGCAGGAGAGUCCAAAACCAGAACAAGAAUCUGUGUUGGAGCAGCAAAUCAAGGAGCUAGCCGUCUCAGAUGCCUCCACAGAGUCUUGCCAUGACAAUGACAGAGAUGAUCUGAGCGACUGUCUGCAGGUGGAGAUGGCCAUUGUUUCAUCAGACAGUGAUGCUGAGGAGCAGUGGAAGUCCAUGUUUUCUCCUGUGGUUGAUGAAGAGGAUACUGCGGACGCUGUGGGGCUGGAUCCAAUUGAUGCUAGCGAAGAGCCACACAAUCAAGAAGAUGCAGAUGCAACUAAAGAAGACAGCAAUACAACACUGGAGAAUAAUAUGGAACUUGAAAGUGAAGCUCUGACAGGGACCAUCGAUAGCGUUGAUAUCUUGGAACAGCCAGAAUGCCCUACGGAAUGUGAACUAGAGGACCUUUCUUUUGAUGGCUCUAUACACUACCGAAGUUUAACAAAGAUUCCAGAGGACGAAGAAGAUUCAAACCAAAACCCAAAGCAUAGCCUGCAGCGAUUGUCCGCCUCAACCUCUGAGCUCGACAAGAGGUUGCCUCAAGACUACUGCGUGAUUGAGGAGACAAAGAGCGAGAAUGUCAGCACUGAACAUGUGGACUUCAGGGUGGCUCGCCAACAGUGGCAGAAGAUGGCAGAACAGAACAAGGGCCAGUUGCACCAGACCCCCAUCAAGCAGGCUAUUUGUCAAGGAGGCCAUAACUACAUGUACACACCUGUUCGUACCUUAGAACGCCCUAAGAAAGACCAAGACUCUGACAGUUUAAGUCUUGGUGAUUUCCAGUACACCCAGUUUAGCCCUUGCUCGGAAGACUCAGGGCUGGACGACACAAGCUACAGGUCUCCUUACGAUGAGCCUGAAACUCCAGUCGAACGAGAGAUCCGUGAGACUAUGGAGCGAGAAGAAUCUUUCAGACGAGAACGGGCCCUGUCAAGGUCAUCUUCUGGUGAACCUAUACAAAGCAAACCUAGACCAGCCACCUUGCUGACAGGUAGAUCAGAGCAAGAAGUCAGAAAAAUAUUUAACACACCUGAGGACAGGUGCAGGUCUCAGAGAUCACCAAGUUCAAGAACCCCAACUCUCUCCAUUACAGCCUCACCAUCAUCGAGACCAUCCUACCAUGAGAUGGUGGCCAACAAUGUCAUCAUCCUGGAGCCAGAUUCAUAUCCCACAAGCCCGAGGCACAGGGGGAAAGGACUGCUCUCUCCAGGAUCAAACAGGUUCCAUGAGUGGCCCUCAGAAAUGACCAAUGUCAUCAUAUUGGAAACGUCGAAUCUCAUCAUCCGAAGUGCGUCAGAGUUCUGUCUGAGCACCACAUGUCAGGAGACACAGGAGAGCACCUUCCACAACAACCCCUUCUUCAAACUGAGGUCGCACAGCACACAGUCCCUGGUGGACCAGGAGAUCAAGGUGGUGAGGCAGAGGGAUGAGGAGUUCAGGAGACAGAGGGCGCAGUUAUAUGCCAAAGAGAAGUACGACACCGUCCUGGUGUCUCCCAGCUUACUGGAGAGCUUCAACUACGACAGACCAGGAGAUAUACCAGCCAGAUGCAAGUCCUCCCCGUCCUCCCCUUCUAAGAUACGCAAGAUGGACCGGUCUGUUUUGUCCUGUGAUCAGAAGUUCCCGGAGGCACCUUACACCGGAGUCCGCAGGAAAAGCGCCCUGGCUCAGAGAUGGGAAGCAGGAAUCUUCACCAAUCACCAACCGGACUGAACCCAGGACAGCUCCAAGCAAUCAAACAGAGUAAAUUAUAUACAUACAUUCAGCCAUUUACGCAACUGAAGACUGACAUUAAUAAAUACACACUCCAAAAAUAAAGAGGCUACAAAGGGUUUAAUGACUGUCAUAUAAGAACCAUCAACUUAAGAUUCUUCAAAUUCAUAAAAGCAUGAGUCUUUAUAUAAACACAUGUGAAUAUAAUACAAGUGGAUUCAUUAUCAGACAACGCAAUAAUAUGUGGUCCAGUGGUUAGAAAUGUAUCAAUGAUUAGGCCUGUUAUGAUAAUGACAUCAUAUAUUCAUCGUACAAUAUAUGAAA